AUGUAUCCUAGGGCUGAGAGUGGAAUUGUCUCCAGCACAUACGUGGACGACUAUCUCGACAGCUUUGGUACAGUAGAGGAGGCGGCCCGAGUUGCUAAAGAUGUCCACAGAAUUUUCCAAAAUGGAGGGUUCGUACUGCGUAACUGGUUAUCAAAUGAUGGAAAUGUGCUGGAGCAACUUGGUCUUGACAACACCUUCUUGAAUGCUAAGAGCUUGACGUCGGCCACGGACGAAGGAGAGCGCGUGUCGGGGUUACGGUGGAACCCGAAAUCAGAUGAACUGACAUUCUACACCCAGACGUGCAAGGAAAUGGCAAGGAUCUUCGACGCAGAACACACGCCCACUAAAAGAGAGGUGCUGAAAUGCGUGAUGUCGCUCUUCGAUCCCUUAGGGCUGCUGGCACAUUAUACUAUCCACGGUAGGAUAUUGAUUCAGGAUCUUUGGCGUGCAGGCACUGCAUGGGACGAAACUAUCGACCAGAGACAGAUUCGUGAUUGGCGCCGAUGGGUGGACUUGUUUCCAAUAGUAGCGCAAAUCAGGAUUCCGAGAUGCUAUUUCCCGGGAGCGCUGGAAGAGAUGUACGACCAGGCGGAGAUGCACCUCUUUUUGGACGCUAGUCAGCUGGCUUAUGGGUGUGUGGUGUAUCUGAGGGUCAUCGACGCCGGCGGGGAGCCGCAUUGUACAUUGGUAUGCGGCAAGUCCAAAGUAGCUCCUCUGAAACCGCUGACUAUCCCGAAGAUGGAGCUGCAGGCCUGCCUAUUGGGGGUGCGAAUGCUGAGAACAAUGGAAAGCCAUCACCCAUUUCGCACCAAGAGAAGGGUUCUUUGGACGGACAGUAUGGUGGCACUGUCAUGGAUACACGCGGAUCCGAGGAACUACAGACCGUUCGUCGCCAAUCGAGUGGCGGAGAUUCGCGAGAAGUCGGAUCUCACCGAAUGGCGAUGGGUGCCUACUCACGAGAAUCCAGCGGACGAGACGACGAAAUGGAAGGGGCCGACUAAACUCGGCUGGGACAGCAUCUGGUUCCAGGGUCCAACGUUUUUGCUACUGGAUGAAUCAUCGUGGCCGAUGAAAAAACCGGUUUCCACUACUCCAGAGGAGGAAAUACGGCGGGUUCAUCUUCAUCUGGAGAAAGUGAAUCAUGAUCUUCUACCCCUCGAUGCGGAGCGCUUCAGCCGUCUGGAGAGAAUGCUUCGAACACUGGCUUGGAUCAUCAGAUAUGCGGAUAACUUAAAGCGAAGUGUGGAUGGAAAGCCCAAGUAUUUUGGCUUGCUUACGCAAGAGGAGAUGGAACAGGCAGAAAGGGUUAUGUGGCGACGAGCGCAGGGAGAAUUCUUUCAGGAAGAAGUACGAGGUUUGAAGGAUAUGGGCGAGGAAGCUAGAUGUCGCACGGUAUCAAAGGACAGCCCAAUAUACGGACUCCUACCCUACGCGGAUGAAUUCGGUAUUUUGCGAAUGAGGGGUCGCAUUGGUGCGGCUCCCGAACUACCAUACUCCGCGAGGUUCCCAGUAAUCCUACCGCGUGACUCUCGGAUUACUCAUCUAUUGGUGGAUAUGUACCAUCGACGAUUUCGACACGCUAAUAACGAAACCGUAGUGAACGAGCUGAGGCAGCAGUAUCAAAUUCCCAAGAUGAGACGAUCCCCCCGAUGGCGCCUCUUCCGGCACAAAGGCUUACUUCCCAUGUACGGGCCUUUACAUACGUAG